AUGUACCAGAUUCAACCCAUUUUCAUCACACUAUUCGAUACAAUGUUGAUUACUCUAGAAUGCGUUCUACUUGCGUUACAAGCGGUUGCUGCAGUUCAAAUUCCAUUACAUUCACCUUUUGAAAUUACCAGUCAAUCAAACAAUAGGCUAUCGAAACGAUCACCUGUUAAAUUGGAUGGUGAUAUUAACAAAUGUUACACAAUUAAAUCCAAUGUUCAUGGAGUUGAUUUGAAUUUACAAGUCGAUUCAAUGAAUUCUGAUAUGGUCGUACCACUUCCUAGUUCAAGCAACGAUGUAGGUUUGGCUAUACAAAGUAUUUCAAGUGGGGAACCCGUUACUAUAUAUUACAAAGGCAAACAGUAUAGAGGAAUUAGUUCCGAUGCAGCUGUGACGAUUCCGGGUACUAGGAUAACUGGAAUUGAUUUACCAGUAAUAGCAGUUGAAAAACAAUCACCAGAUCUAGUUGGUAUCAAUCCAAAGUUUGAUGGAGUAUUUGGAAUUGGCUAUACCUCGUUGUCAGAUCAUCAUCCACAAAUCACUGCGAUGGAUGCUUUGCAUAAUGAUGGUGUUAUUCCUAGAAACGAGGUUGGUCUUCAACUAUGUCCGUAUGAUAUGACUUCAGAAAGUUUCAUCAAUAUAGGAAACACGGACGUAACUCCAAAAUGCGGAACGGAUGGAAGGAGUGUUGCAUGGGUACAAUCACCAACAAACGAUGAAUUUACUGUCAACAUCAAGAAUAUACUAGUCAAUGGCAAACAAGUGGAUCUGCCCGUUGAAUUCCAAAAAAAAGUGGAACAUGGACGUACUUUGUACUCCGUUAUGGAAACAUGCUUUUUUUAUAUGCAGUUUCCUAAAGUAGUCGUGACAGCGUUGGUUGCUGCUAUUGUUGAUAGUAAUGGGAUCACUGUCAAAAAUAGUAAAUCCAAACACAAGCGCAAGAGCAAACACAAGCGCAAGCUCACCCCGGAAGAAAUUGAAAAAAUAUUUUGGGAACACCGUCUAAUGUCCAAAUUCGAUUUUGAUAUCAAUUGGAGCAAACUGCCGCCGUUUUCAAUCGUGAUGUUUGCUGAAAACCCCGUGACUGAUGACAAUAGCAACUCCGUUGUAACGAUCAAACUGGGUCCUCGAGACUAUCUACAAAGAGUCAAUUCCAAAGAAUUUGUGUUUGCUUUAAAAGCUGGUCCAAAUGGCAAUGCAGCUCUUGGUACAUCAUUUAUGACCCGACUUCUAUUGACAUUUGAUCGAGCACAUAAACGCACUGGGUUCGGUCCUGGAUGUGGAUGCGAAACUGCGACUGAUGGAUAUCCUACUAUUUCGAAUGCUGAUCAAGUGCUCUGGCCAUUAACACAAUUGCCUGAACAACCAAGUACUUCAGGUUUAGGUAGAACAUCUACUCUUAGGAGAUUGUCGCGACUUGGUAGCAUUCGCCGUGGUAGUAAGCGGCCAAAAGUUAGUUACGAGAAACUUGAGGAUUAA